GCGCCGUGCCACCGCCUUCGCCGAGGAAGGCCUCGACGGGCAGGCGUGCAAGGCAUUGUUUUCCAAGAGCAUGGCUGACACGAUCAUCAGGAUGCCGAGAGCGUUGGAGCGGAAGCACCCUCAGGCGCUGAAGAGCGAUGCUGGGUUAGACACCGUAUGCGUUUACCUCGACGACUUCUGCGUGGCUGGCGAGUUCGGUGCUACGCUGCGGGCGUUGCGGCUGAUUCAGCCAAAAGCGGCAAGCCUGGGCCUCGAGCUGAAUUUGGACAAGUGCGAGGUCAUUCCAGCGGCUGGGUGCAACGCGGAGUGCAACCUGGCCGAGUUCCCCGCCGCUGCCCAGCGGAAAGUCGACGGUUGUUUCAAAUUGAUGGGCGCCCCUGCCGGCGGCCAAGAGCAUUGCGCAGAGUGCGUGGAAGUGAAGAGAGUGCAGAAGCUGACCGCGAUGCUCGACGAGGUGCCGCUUUUGGAGGGCGCCGUCGCCCACAAGUUGCUUGCUCGAUGCUUUGGAGCUGCAAGACUUAUGCAUAAUAUGCGGACGACGCGGCCUGACUGGAUAACGCGCGGGCUGGAACGGAGCCAGCAGGCUCUCUGGCUGACGUUCCUGAUCUGCACAGGCGCAGCGCUGAACAAGCGUCAGCGGCAGCGG